AUGGAAACCGAGAGCCGAGAAGAGGAAAUGAAUCAUUUGCAAGCACUGAUUGCUGCCGAAGAAGAAAAAGAGAAGAUAUUUAAAGCUGAAAAUAUUCGUCGAUGUCAUAACUACAUACCGUUUAUUGUGGAGCUACUGAAAAUUCUUGCCAAAGAAGGCAAACUAGUGCCACUUGUGCAGCAG